AUGAAGUUCUUCACUACCGCUCUUCUCUCCGCUGCCGCGGUCUCUGGCUACUCCGUCUACGAGGUCAAGGACUUCACCGCCAGCUGCGUCCCUCACAGCACCUUCUGCAACUAUGAGUUCAAGGUGAUCCAGUCUGGAAGCAUGGAGACCUGGAAGACCCCCGUCCACUGCUCCGCCCACGUCCAGUCCGCCAACUAUCUCCUCCCUGACGUCAAGGACGCCAAGUGUGAGGACUCUUCUCGCACCUUCUCCGUCAAGCGCAGCAAGAAGGGCUUGACCUUCUCUGUCUCUCAGCCUGUCAGCCCCAUCAGCAACACUGUUGGAAAGCACUUCAUUCCCAACAAGCAGCUCUGGCAGUCUAAGGAGCCCAACGCUGAGAUCCAAGCCUACAAGGGCCCUAAGGACUUCGAGCUCAACUCUACCGACUAA